AUGGCCAGCAACAGUCAGACAACUCAGAUUCAUCAGAGCCAGACUUCCAGCAGUCAAGGUGUUCUAGUUCUUCUACCAGAUGAAACAGAGCAAACCAGCCAAGAAGAGGUUGUAGUAAAACCAAAUUGCUCAGCUCCAGUAUGGAAAUUUUUUGGUUUUGAAAAAAGGGAUGCUGGGGGCGGGGAGAACAGUAUAGUUGAUGGUGAUCCAAUUUGCCGCCAAUGUAGGAAACAUGUAAAAGCCAAGGGUGGUAGAGGAAAAAGGCUGUGUGAUUCUGACAAAGGUCAGUUAACACAACCAACAACAAAUAUUAAAGAAAUGUGGGACAAAAGACGUCCAUAUGACCGCUCUUCCCCAGAAUGGAAAAAAUGUACACACGCCAUCACUAAAUGGCUGGUUAAAGAUAUGAUGCCAAUGUAUACAGUACAAAAAGAACCAUUCCAUAACAUGAUUAAAACACUUAAUCCCCGUUAUGAAAUUCCAGAUAGAAAAUAUUUUUCAUCUGUAGCUAUCCCAAAAAUGUACCAUGAUGUACUUACAAAAGUACAACUUGAAGUUAGUGAAACUUUAAACCACAGCAACAUUUCACUUACAUGUGAUGGGUGGACGUCCCAAGGAUCGUUUGAUCCUUACUGGACUGUGACCAGCCAUUGGGUAGAUAGCAACUUUAACCUUGUAUGUCGUUCGCUUGAUACAUUCUAUAUGCCUGAAGCACAUACUGCAGCUAAUUUGGCUGUGGCUAUUAAAAAUGUCUUAUCCCAAUGGGAAAUCCCUCAAGACAAAGUAACUGCGUUUACAACCGACAAUGGUUCAAAUAUAGUAAAGGCUUUGAGGGAGAUGAGUCAGAAAAGAAUACCUUGCUUUGGCCAUUGCCUACAUUUAGCUGUAAUGGCUUCACUAGAUGAUGAUCGCUGUCAAGCAGUCAUCCGGAAAUGCCGUUUAAUAGUUUCCUCAUUUAGUUCCUCGUGGAAACUUCAGCUUAGGUUAUGCGAGAAGCAAACAGAGCAAAAUUUACCUAACCGGAAAAUAGUUGGUGACUGCAAAACUAGAUGGGGUUCGACAUAUAACAUGCUGUCCAGAAUCUGGGAUCAAAAAGAUUUGAUCAAUGCUGUUCUUACAGAAAACACACAAACAGGCUAUCUUGAGCUGAAUUGGUCAGACAGAAAUGUAUUGUCUGAGUGUUUGUCUCUCCUAAAAGAAGUUAGUGAUCUGACUGACCUGUUAAGUGGGGAGGAGGAGGUAACCAGCAGCUCUCUUUUGCCAUUGCUAGAUACACUGUACAGCAGUGUGUUCAAUCAAAGGGAUACGGAUACAGAGAUGUUGGAAAAAAUGAAAAGAAGAGCCAAAGUAAAACUUACAGACAAGUAUAGUGAUAGCCAAACAAUGUCUGUACUUGAGAUUUGUACAGCUCUUGAUCCCCGUUAUAAAUUAAAUGUCAGUACUGAUCCUAGCCUAACUAAACAGCGCAUUGAAAAUGAGCUCAUUCAGAUUCAGUCAAGCAUUACGUCUAAGUCACAGUCAUUGCCAUCUGGUGAAAGUUCCAGUACUUCCAAUGAAAACAGUUUUGAUAGGGCUAGAGGUCUCGCUUUUUUUCUGUCUAAGAACAAUAAAUUAAAUGCCAAUACUCAGAUGUGUGACGAGGCAGCUUUAAACCCCACAGCUGAAAUGGAGCUGUAUUUCUCUCUUGCAGUGGAACCUCUAAACACUAAACCACUGCAGUGGUGGAAACAUUCCUCUGAAAUCAAAAGACUGCCACUGCUAUGUGUCUUGGCCAAAAAGUAUUUAGCAAUUCAAGCAACUGCAGUAGCGAGUGAAAGAAUGUGGUCCAAGGGUGGGCUGAUAACAGGUGGUUUGCGUGGAAGACUGAAACCCAGUACUGUAUCAAAUUUAAUAUUUCUUAGUAAAAAUGAGUAA